GCCCGGCACUCGGUGCGCCCUUUGAGGACCCGGCAACCCGGCGCCCGGCCGCAGCAUCUUCCUCGGUCCCGCUGACUCCGCGCCGAGCCCGAGCGGCUCAGGCCGCGGCAGCGCCUCGCGUCAGCAGCGCCAGACCCGCCGCGCGGACAGCAUGAGCCGCAGGACCUACAUCGUGGGGGCUCUGCUGCUCCUCCUGGGGACACUGCUGCCGGCCACAGAAGGGAAGAAGAAAGGGUCCCAGGGUGCCAUCCCGCCUCCGGACAAGGCCCAGCACAAUGACUCCGAGCAGACACAGUCUCCGCAGCAGCCGGGCUCCAGGACCCGGGGCCGGGGCCAGGGCCGGGGCACUGCCAUGCCUGGGGAGGAGGUGCUGGAGUCCAGCCAGGAGGCCUUGCACGUGACCGAGCGCAAAUACCUGAAGCGAGACUGGUGCAAGACGCAGCCUCUGAAGCAGACCAUCCACGAGGAGGGCUGCAACAGCCGCACCAUCAUCAACCGCUUCUGCUACGGCCAGUGCAACUCCUUCUACAUCCCCAGGCACGUCCGCAAGGAGGAAGGCUCCUUUCAGUCCUGCUCCUUCUGCAAGCCCAAGAAAUUCACCACCAUGAUGGUCACACUCAACUGCCCAGAACUGCAGCCACCCACCAAGAAGAAGAGGGUCACACGCGUCAAGCAGUGUCGUUGCAUAUCCAUCGAUUUGGAUUAAGCCAAAGGUGGACACACCAUAGUCUGUCCUAGAGAUGUUCAGAGGCAGACCUGAACUUGGCUUAAAUCUAGAGGCCAGAACAACUAGCAAGUGCCCUCUGGCACAGUCUUGCUUAUGCCUAGAGUGUGCCCCAGCGUGCCAUCUGAGUUUUCAGACACCAGAGGAGACGUUCUCUCAUGCAGGGCCCUGUCUCUUACUCUCAGCUUCACACGGGGAUGGUGUGAGAUGUUGUCACCGCAGGGACACACACUCACAGGCAUAGGGCUAUGGUCGGUUUCGCCUUCAGUCUUCCAUAGGCCCUGGGCAUCAGGACAGCUCUACAGAAUGAAUAGUAGUGGAAGAGGCAACUCUGAGGGCAAGAGACUUGAUUUAGUCCUGCCGUUGGACUUGGAAACUAGCCCAUGUUUGCUUCUUACCUUUUCUCCCACAUCCAUCCCUUCUGAGGCUCUCACUGACACUUCAGUUGUAUCCCAUGUCUGACAAGGUCCCUAAAUGAAUUCACUUGACUGUGGAUGUGAAUGUCUUUAAAGAACCUCCAGUCACUGGGGACGCUGAUGGAUCAAGGGUUGACUUUGGGAACCCUGAGGGAGAGAACCAGUCCGGGCCAGGAAAGUCCCUCUCCAAAAGUAUAGUGAGACCUGUGCUUCAGUGAAAGGUUUUACUUGAUACUCAAAAGAACCCAGGGGGACUAAAGGGAAAUAAGAUACCUAAAUAAUAAUAAUAUUUAACUUUAGCUGGGACUGCGAUGUAAUGAGACUAGCUAUAACUCAAACUUCAGACCAGUAUUUAACACUCCUGUUUUCAGGGCCAAGUAAAUGAGCUAAAUAAAACGACCCUUCCUCCUUUACUUCUCAUGAGGACAGCUGAUGUAGUUGAAAACUUUCUACACUGGGAUAGGAGAAAUCAAAAGCCCUGUCAGCCAAAGUUCUGUUAUCUUAUUUUUUCUUGGUUAUCAUUGAUUUUCUCCCUAUCAUUAUUCCUGCAUAACAUUUUGGAGAUGCACAACCCUGUUUUGAAAAAACCUGCCUCUGCAGUGGGACUAACAAACCCAGACAUGAAAGCCUGAUGGGGGUUAAUUGGCAAGAAGGGUUUUAGUGGGAGGAGGAAUAAGAACAGAGUAAUUGGGGAUGAAUAAGAUCACAUUAUUGAAACAUUCCUUUUCCCUAUUAUCCUCUUUCUUGGCAGUCAACUACAAAUAUAUAUAUAUAUAUAUAUAAAAUAAUGUGCCUAAAAAUGGCCUAAUGGAUUUAAUGAAAGACUGCAAAUGAGUAUUCAUGCUCUUGCUCAGUAUACCUGACAAAAAGGAAUAGUAUGGGAGAGUUUACCUGCUCUUUUUUAGGUAGAAGUCUUUUGUUGGUCUUUGUUUUAGCCACUGUUAGGAGAAAGUUGGGAAGAAGAAAGAGUAAGGAAGCCAAGAGAUUGCAUCUGGCCAUAUACAGUACAGGAGGAGAGGCACAAGCUUUGACCUUCCUUUCAUUUGCCCUCAAAGGGUUUGGAAGGAAUCCCAUUAUGAAAGCAGAGCACUGGAUGUGCUGACUGGCCAGUUUCUCCCAGUGGAUUUAUGUCGCGUUGUAAAUAUUCUGCGCAUACUGCAGUUGCUGUCCUCUGAAUAAAGCUGUGCUCCCCAAGUGCCUACUUACAGUUGAAGGGCCUCAGUGCAGAGUAGGUGGACCUUAUCUGUUUUGGAUUGGACGAAACAAUCCCCUUUAAGACUGAGGUUGUAUAUGCAAAUACUCCAAAUACUCUUUUUGCUUGUCUCCUCUAGGCUUAGCUAGCUAAGUGGUGUGUCAUUUGGAAAACAAACAUUGCUACACACAGGUCCAUUGUAAGACCAUUGAUGCUUUUUUUCACUUUGUUUUGCUCUAGCUCUGUUUUUUACUUUGUUUUGCUCCCCCGUCUACUAUUGUAGAAGACAAAUGCUUCUUGAACACCUAAAACAUUGAAUCCAUUGUUGAACUUUGAAAACUCACUAUUCUGAUCUACACUAGGUACACUAGAUGAAUUUGCACAAACUUAUAGUCUGUGUGUUUCAUAGACACUUUACGCCCCUUCCAUGAAUCUCUGCAUCAGCUACAUUUCCCAGCACUAAAUCACAGGAUAGAUUUGAUUAAAACCCUCAAAUGCAAUGGCAGAGUUCAAGGGUGGGGCAGAGGAAAAGAAGGGGGAAGAGGCUGAACUGUAAAAUCACCAGAGAGGAAGAAUGACAGUCAAAACCAGAAAAUAUUGAAUUUCUCUUGUUUAGAUUCUGCCACAAGCAUGCAAUUUUGUAAAAGAGCAAUGGGUUAAGUUGGCAGCUACAGUCCACUUUUAGGACUUUUUACCACAGUCUUGUAUGUAAGUAAAGAGAAUUUCCUUAAAAUUAACUUCACUGGGAUAAUCAGAAGCACAAAUGCCCUAAGAACAGAAUACUGCCCAGAGAGGAAAAUAUCUGUCUUGCUAACUGGGCCUGUACAGAAAGGGGCACAGACACUGUGUGAGCCCUACCACCUACUGAAGAUGUUGUAGCUGUCAUUUAUUUCAUUAGAGUUACC